CCGAGACAAAUGGGACAGUACCCCUUUGUGAGUGCUUUGGCCUUGAGACACCCAUACUGUUUGAUAUCCCUUACACAGGGAUUUAAGAAAAACUAAGAUACUAUGCUUGUCUCUGUGGACAUGAAGAACUUGUGCAAUACCUUCUAGCCAGUGGUGCAAAAUGUGAAGCAAACACCUUUGAUGGUGAACGUUGCUUAUAUGGAGCUCUAAAUGAUACUAUUCGGCGGGUAUUGAAAGAAUAUAAGCAGAUCACUGCAAAGUGCAUGAAGAGGGACUACUAUGAUGCCUUUCUUCAGCGGCUUCUAGAACAGGGUUACCAUAGUGACAUUGUUUUUAUUGUUCAUGGGAAGUCUUUCUGUGCCCAUCGCUGUGUACUUGGUGCUCGAAGUGCAUAUUUUGCAGAAAUGUUUGAGACUAAGUGGAAGGGGAAGAAUGUCAUAGCACUGAAACAUCCAUUGAUAAAUCCAGCAGCCUUUAGCUCUCUUCUGCAAUAUCUCUAUACAGGAUGUUUGGACAUAGAUGUAGAAUAUGUAAAUGACUGCAAGAGAUUGGCCAAACAAUGCCAGCUCCAAGAUCUCAUUGAAGACUUGGAAACCAAAUGUAAAAAGGUGUAUGAAUUUGUUUCUUCCAAGCCAGGAACCUGUGUAAAGGUGCUUACAAUUGAACCAUCAGGUAAUUCACAGUUGCAGGAAGACCUCGCUCUACUAGCAGAGUGCGCCUUGCCGGCAGAAUUCAGGGUAGGUUUUGGAGAGUUGCCUUUUGAUAGCACCGACAGCUUCAGCAGUUAUCCUGAUCUGUGUUUCCGAGUGUCAAAUUACAGUUUCUUCUGUCACAAGGCAUUUUUCUGUGGCCGAAGUGACUAUUUCAAAGCCCUCCUAGAGGACCACUUCUCAGAGAGUGAGGAGCUACAAACCCAACCCAGUAUCCCUGUGGUGACUCUCCAUGACAUUUCAGAGGAGAUCUUCAUCAGAGUUCUGUAUUACAUCUAUAGUGAUGAUACAGAGCAGUUGUCUCCUGAAAACGCCUAUGAAGUGCUUUGUGUCGCUGAUAUGUAUCUGUUACCUGGGCUUAAGCGCCUGUGUGGGAGAACUUUGGCACAGGUUCUCGAUGAAGACAGUGUUGUCAGCAUCUGGAAGAUUGCAAAACUAUUCCAGCUGACCCGAUUGGAAGAUCAGUGCACAGAGUAUAUGGCAAGGAUAAUUGAGAAGUUAGUGGAGUUUGAGGAAUUUGCAGCAGCAGUGAAAGAGAAUGCUGACGCAGUGGAAGAGCGGCAGGAGACGGACUCUAUUCCUCUUGUGGACGACAUCCGUUUUCAUAUAACCAGCAACGUUCAAACGUACAGUGCCAUUGAAGAGGCUAACCAGAAAUUAGAUGCUCUGGAUAAUCUUUUGGCUAGCAUUGGACUUGAAUGUUAAUCUGGGAGAUUUUCUUGUGUAAUUAAAUGAAGUAUCAGUUCAGAGUUCAUUUCUGCAAAGUUCACAUCUUUUUCUUUCUAUUUGAUUUUCCCAUUUCUUUAUGUUUUAUUUAUGCUUUCCUUAUUUUUUACAUUGAUGACUACUGCAUCUGAAUUAAUAUUUUAAUUCUUCCAGGAAACAGGUCCCCAUAAGAAUCUGUAGUUUGAAAACAUGGUUAGGUAUAUGUUAUGUUGUUGAUGAAAGAUUUGCAUGUAGUGAAUGUACUAUUUGGCAUACAACCAAUUACUGCAGUCCAAAAAAGCUCAAUGAAAAUGGGUCCAUCCUUCAGAAUAUUGCCAUUCCUGUUGGGUAAAGAAGGAAAUAAAAGCUUUUACUGAAUUAUAAGAAUAUGAAGUUGGUGGACUAAAAGCUGAGAUUGCCUGCUGUUAGACUUACAGCCUAAUCUUCGAAAUGUGCACAGCUGGAACUGAGCAGACCCUCAGUUUUCUAAUCUAGCUGCCUGAUUUAUCAGCUGAUCAAGUUCAUUUACUUUUUUAAAAAAAUUGAUCCUUGAAAUAAAAUAUUUUGUCACCAUAUGGUGCAAAAGCACUUGCCCUCUCCCCUUUUCUGCUGUUUUAUAGGGACACUGAGACAUGAAGGUUUAGUAUAUCUGCAUAUCUGUAGAUAGUAAUGUUCUUUUGAUUUUACUGUGCUUGGGGAUUUACUUAUGUGAUUUCCAAAUUUCAGCAUGGAGUAUGUAUGUACAAGUGACUAUGUUGUACUUGCAUGAUACCACAAUGGACUGAUGGAGCAUUGUUUGCCUUUGCAGUGGAAGCAUAAAUUUGUUUUGUGCAGAUCCCAAUAUUGUGAGGCGAUAGAAGGUAUCACCUUGCUAACUAGUUCUACCCUUUGAUAUAUUGAAUGGCAGAUGAGAAUAUAUUCACAUGUCAUAGUAUAUACAGUGCAAUAUUUUAGGGUAUACAUCAUUUGAUUUAAGUCAUUUCACAUUAAGGUCCCCUAUGUGAAGGUCUGUAUGAAAAUUUAACAAUAUUCUAUUGUUGGACACAGUGAGGUGUAGGUCAUCCAUAUGUACACAGUUCUAAUGUCUACAAUCACCUGUCAAUAACAGAUGUUCUAGCUGGCUCUGUAAUUGAUUGGCAGGUUUCCUAAAUGAGACUGGUGCUGUUUCCCCCUACUGUAUAUAUUCAAUCUAGGGUGUAUAUACAUAGCUUGUGAGAUUAGUUUAAGUACUAAGUUCAGAACAGCAUAGCAGACCUUUCAUCUGCAUCAUCAUGCCAUAUUUUCAUGUUGAAAAGAGACAAUUCGGACUGGUUAUUAAGAUCUUAGUCUGUAUGUAAAUACUGUCUCACCACUGUCCAGUUCAUUAUGUUCUUUGUUAUUCCUCCCAUUAAUAUGAAUGAUAGGUGGAAAAUACAUUGUGGCCAUUCAGACAGUGGGGGGGGGGGAAGGGAUGGGAAAUGCAAUGAAACCCAUACUAGGUAGAUCAGCCAGGGUUCUGUGUCACCCAACCACUCUAGAAUUAUGUGCUCAUUAUUAGAUAAAUUUGACAAAGAAAGAACUAAAUUCCCAUUUGGAUUAUCCUGACGUUAUGAGGAAAUAUUGUUGUAUAUUACAGUAAUACUGUUAGUAAGUGUUACAGCAGUUGCGUUGGUAGAUUAACUUUAGUGAGAUAUUGAUGUGACAAAAAUGAUGUUGGACUCUAGCAGAGUUUCCAUGCACUGAUAACUCUUUACACGUAAGGUCAAAACGUUGUGUAUUCUUAAUAGUAUGCCAAGAAAAGCACACCCUUAAAGGAAUGAUGCUUAUUUAAAAGCAUAAGGAACUAGUCUGUUAUUCACAAGCCAUAAAUAAAAGCCUGGCCAAGAUCUUUCUUUUCCUCCGUUUUACCAGGAAAAUGAAGGGAACUAAAAUGCUGGAUUUCUUGACAUUUCUUUUUGGCAAACAUCUUUGGCAAAUAUUAAAGAAUUUUUCUUGUACCAACUUAUGAGCCCCCUCCAGUGAAUAAAUGGACAUCAUACUGGAAUAAAUCAUAACCUUUUCUGUUUCCAUUUUUAUUUGAACAGUAAAUUAUUGCAACAAACAAAGCACAGUACGCUUUUUUAUACAUAGCAUUCUAGUGUUCUCUUCUUUGCAAGUAUCUAGUAAAGUUAACAUGAUAUAAGCACAGAAAAUUACUACUGGUAAUUGCAUUUGGGGUUUUUUAAAUAAAAAAAACUUUUUAAAAAUAUUGUCAAGUGAAGAUUCAGUUAACUUUUAGAUAGGCAGUGAAGGUGGCUGAACAAAACUUUGUUUAUAGUACUGAGAAUGUAAGUACAUUCAGAAUGAAUUACCAAUAUUAUUGUGUUUCUCAGUACAACUCCUUGAUGAGCUAUCCCUUGGUCUGUCUUGUAUUUUGUUGGUUCCCUUGUAUAAAUCAGAGUUGUGGAUAAAAACAGACUAGUAUCUAUUUAACAUACAGUGAAAGGUCCCCUCCCUUAAAUCCAAAGAAGUUCGGAAAAUAAUGGAUCUCUAAUUAUUUAUUGUUAGUCUUCCUAGCUAUUAAUUGCCUUGUAGAGAGUUUAAAUGUCAGACUUAUUAUGAUCUUACUUUAACUUGGCCCUCUGUUAUUUAAAAUAAAAUGUAAAGCUUUACAGAAUGGCAAUAUAAUUAUAUAUUUAAAAGCUUAAUAUAUAAGCAUGUGUGCAGCAAUAAAGAGUCUAUUUCAUUAA